AUGAAUGCUAUUCGGAAUGAGAUGAACGAAGAUAUUGUGGUUGAGAAGAUAAGAAAUUGUAUGAGAAUAUACAAAAAACUCGUAAAUGUAGUUCAGGACGAUAUGGUGAUAAUGAAACCGCUGAUGACCCAGUCUGCGUUAUUGGAAGGUGUUAUCGAAUUUAUAGUGACGACCACACCAGCUCUAUUCGGUGAACUGAUCAACAUUCGAAUAUUUGUAACCGUGUCCACCAUGAUUCCUAAACUAUUGGAAGCCACUUACUCUAGUUUCAUACAUGGUAGAAUACGUAUACUUUGGCGUCAAAUGGCUGACCUUCGUCGAAAUUUUGAACGUGACUUAUCUAUAGCUCGAAGAUUUGAAAAUAGCGAGGAAAUCAUGAUGGAGAAGAUAAAGAAAUGUCUGAAUGAUUAUACGAAAUUGUUGGAUGUGUUGAAUGAGAAAAGUGGCGUCACGAAAUUUUGGGCAUAUAAAUUAAUUUUGACCGAAACCCUUAUGAACACCGUUGUUUUGCUAGCACCUGCGGCCCUAGCUGAAAUGAUCACCAAUGAAAUUGAUGUUUUAAGACUUUUCGUAAUAAAGCAGUUACUCGUUUGUAAAGUGUGGGAGAACCAUGUUACGGCUCGAAUAGCGAAUUCUAAAAGAAAGACGAUUAAUGACGCCAUAACAUUUUUCAAGCAACACCCGUUCAAGUACACAGUGUGGCGUCUUUUCACAGUAGACGGGACUCUGAUACUGAGUGUGAUUGGUCUUUUGACUACUUAUAUUGUAGCCAUGGUACAGUUCGGCCAUUUUAUUGUGUAA